GGAUGAGUGUACGGUACUCCAUCAGCUUGGACUGGUGUUGGAUUCCAAUGUUACAUUUUAAUUACUGUAUUGUGAUUUGUGAGUGGGAUUGUUAACUAUGGUAUGAGGUCAGCUUCAGGAGAAGGUCUUUGCAGUUUGUAGUGUCUCACCUGUACAUGUAUGUGUGACUGUGUGACCUAUUAUAACCAACAUUAGCAUGGCUAGCUGCAGUGUACAGCUACUGGACGCAGUCAGGCAUUCUACUCUUCAAACCUGCCGGAUAUCAGCAACACAGUUGACAUUUGGACCCUCAAGAUUUCUGACCCCUGUCGCAUCCACCACUGGCCAACAAGUGAGACACAAACAAUUCUACCCCAAGUACAAGAAGGUCGACAUCUCCAAGGAAAACUUCACCCGCUUCAAACAACAGCCACCAGAGGGCGACCUAACCAAGGAGAAUGAGACGUUCGUGUAUAAAUGGAGCCAGACCAAGCAUCUGAUGAGUCCGUUGAAGCAUGCUCCGUGGCCAAGAGGUGAAUGGACUCCACAAUCGAAGAGAACGGGCGUGAUAGCGAUCAAGCUGGGUAUGCAGCCGCUGUGGACUAAAGAUGGAAAGCGCAUUCCUACUACGCUUCUCCAGGUAUUGGAAUGCAAUGUAUUGGAUUUCCAUCCUAAAGGUUUGAAUGGUAAUGAUCGACCAGGUACCCUUCUUGUAGCAGCUAAGAAUGCAUCACCUUACUAUAAAGAUGAAGAGUAUGCAAACCUGUUCAAGCCGGCGUGUCUACCCGUCAAGGAACACAUUACUAGCUUUAAUGUGACUGAUGAUGCAGCCAUUCAACCAGGUACUCCCCUAUAUGCUGCUCACUUUAGACCAGGCAUGUAUGUAGACAUCGCUGCCAAAACCAUCGACAAGGGCUUCCAAGGUGUGAUGAAGAGAUGGGGGAUGAAGGGUCAACCAGCUUCACACGGUGCUACCAAAACACAUAGGAAGAUGGGAGGAUCAGGUGGUGGAGGGGAUCCUGGGAGAGUUUGGCCCGGUAAGAAGAUGGCUGGAUUCAUGGGUGAUAAACUCAGAUGGACUUAUGCAUUGAAGGUGGUUCGGGUGAACACCAAGCAUAACAUCCUGUAUUUGAAGGGCACCGUACACGGGCGUAACCUUGGCUUCGUCAAGAUCAAAGAUUCUCACGUCCGUCCCAGCUCCGAGAUGCCUCCGUUCCCCACGUACUUCCCGGAUGAGGAAGUAGAAGAAGACCUGUUUGAUGAAUCACUCCAUAAUUUCUCUGAUCCUAGCAUUGAAUAUGAAGUGGAAGAGGGAUCGUGAUGAUGAGAUGGAGGCUCGCAUCCGAUUCCAUGCCUCAUAGACGUUGAAAAAGACAUUGCACAUUGCUCGACUCAGCCAUGAAUAUGAAAUGCUGAUGGGAGCUCUGUCUGGUAUUUUAAGUGAUCAAUGUGAAAAAAAAAGUAAAAUGGAUUUUCUAUAGUGAAUCAAACAUUUGGAACUACUGAAUCGGUCAACUCAUAUGCAAGUAUCAAGUGGAUGCUGACUGUCUGAAUGAAACGGAUUGCUGGGUAUGAUUGUAGAACUGCAAUGAUCUACUUAUAAACGGAAUAUUUAAUUUGGAAAGUCUUCUCUUUUUUUACAUUAUCCUCUUGCAGGAUAAUUGUGGGAAAAUAAAACCAUGGAAUAUUAGAUUAUUUGUGUUUAGAUAUCCUUUUCCUCUCUAAAAAUUGAAAGAGAAUUCUCUUUUCAAUUGGCUUGGCUCAACAUAAUCAUGUGAAAUCAUCCUCUAUAAAGAUAUUAGAGGGUCUAGAGAUGCAUACACAUAUGGCAAUACAUCUCGGCACUGUUUGGUGUCAUUUCCUGGCAAAUCAUUUACAGACAUUCAUCUCUGUGUAUUAAGGCAAGAGUGUUCCAAACUGCUUGCUUUAUUACAUGCAUGAAUACAACCAGGAUGUAUGUCUUCUAGCCCCGUGUUUAUUAAUUUCUCCCUUUUUUUUGGGGGGGGUUGGGCUGUUAGUUGAUUCCAAGUUUGGUGUUGGGUGCUGGUGUAAAGAACAAACUUUAGCAAGGACACUGAACUAAACACAAGGUUGGUGCUACAAUAAACACUACUAGUUGUAUUUUCAAUGAUGCAAUUAAAGUCAUUUUCUAUACUCAAUUUCUUUUUUGUAUAUAUACACGUAGAGCUCAGUUCAGCAGCCUAUUAACAUCUUUUUAUCCCCAACACCCAUCAUCAUACUUGAGACCACCAAUGAAUGUGAUAUGAGCAAAUUGUUUUCUAUGAAGACUGACACCAAUUUUAGAAUGAGUGAUUGAUGUGAAUAAAGACAUUUAACAACAA